UGUCGUGUAUGUGGUGGUGCUGCUGCUACUGUUACUCCACCCCCACCCCCAGCCCCAGCCCCAGGGAAUUAAUUCGCCCAAUACUAACGGAUUUUGGUGUCUCUUUUUUUUUAUUAUUUUCUUUUUCUAUUUGUGGUAGUUAUAAUAAUCAUAAAUUAUUGGUUGGUGGGAAAUAGAAUAAGUGAGAAUUAAAGGCGAUCGAGGAAGCGAGUGGGAUAUGGAUUUGAGGUCACAAUUGAGGUCAGGGACAGGUAACAUAGUAGAAGAGGUGCCACAACAAUGGCAGGUUUGUUCUCACUAGGCGGUGGUAGUAGUAGUAGUAGUGGUAGAGGAGGGAGAGGGAACACAAACCAACAACAACAACACGACCAACACCAACAACACGCGGAAAUUCCUCCCUCCGACACCUUUUACUGGUACAAGAAUGAAGACGUUUCCUCGUACCGAGGUGGCUUGGAGCUGUGGAACCAUCAUCAUCAUCAUCACCAACCGGAACACGACCUCAUACCUCAAGCAAGGCCUCUCUUCCACCAAGAUCUUUACAGCUCCGCGGCUGCUCUAGGAGUGGGUCCAACCACUGUGUCCGACGAUCAGUCACCCUCGAGAUCGGCCUUCCUGGUGACGGCGUCGGCCGUGGGGAGCGGAGCAGCAAGCGGAGCAGGAAGUGGAGCAGGUGGGAUUAGCUGCCAGGACUGCGGGAACCAGGCGAAGAAAGAUUGCCCUCACAUGCGGUGCAGGACAUGCUGCAAGAGCCGUGGCUUCGAUUGCCAAACCCAUGUCAAGAGCACUUGGGUUCCCGCUUCCAAGCGCCGCGAGAGGCAGCAGCAACUCGCCUCUAUCCAACAACAACAGCUUCUUGCUGCUGAUGUUCCCAAGCGCCAAAGAGAUCAUGCCUCUAGUACUCGUUUACCCACAAACCCUUCUCCUUCAGCCUCAGCUUCAGGGAUGGAGAAUUUUCCUGCAGUAGUGAGCUCUCCAGCUGAAUUCAGAUGCGUACGUGUGAGCGGAAUCGACGACACAGAAGACGAGUAUGCAUAUCAAACGGCAGUCAACAUUGGAGGACACGUCUUCAAAGGGAUCCUCUAUGACCAGGGUCCAGAUCACGCAACCACCACCACCACCAACAGCAGCAGCUACGUCGCCGGAGACACCUCCUCCACCGGCGCUGCUGCUCAUCACCCUAAUCUCAACCUCAUUGCUCCCAACACCAACACCACAACUUCAGCUCUCGUCUCCGCUGCACACACAACGCAGCAGCUCGUAGAUCCUUCAUCCAUGUAUCCACCUCCUCCUCUCAGCACCUUCAUGGCUGGUAGUAGCGGUACGCAAUUCUUCCCUCAUCCAAGAUCUUGAAACAAACAAACAACACAAUCAAACCCCAAUUACAAACAAUCAUCAAUUUUUUCUUUUUCUUUUUUUUUUGCUUUUAAUUUUAUGCUUAUAUAUUAGUGUACCCUUAUUUUUCUUUUCUCUUUCUUCUUCUAACUACAUUUCAUAAUCUUGUAGCUUUCUAGCGGUCUAGUAAAAAAACAAUAUUGAUACGCAUUAUUCAAGUUAGGAGAGAAAGAAAGAAGAACAAGAGCAAAAUGCAGACCCAUUAUGCUUUUUGCUUCUUUUUUUUAUUUGAUUUAAAUUGGUGCAAAUUAUUAAUAUUGAUGCCUAGUUA